AUGGUACACAUGCCCCACUACACCCCACGCGCACCACCUACACCCCACGCGCACCCUCACCCCCGCGCACACCUACACCCCACGCGCACACCUACACCCCACGCGCGCACACCUACACCACCGCACACACCUACACCCCACGCGCACACCUACACCCCACUCGCGCAGACCUACACCCCAACGCGCACGACCUACACCCCACGCGCACACCUACACCCCACGCGCACACCUACAACCCCCGGCACACCUACACCCCACUCGCACACCUACACCCCACAGCACACUCCCCCCACAACAACUGCACCCUACAACUCCCCACACACAACUACAAACCCACCAU